GGCGGCACUUCCUGUUUUACUUGAGCACUGCGGCCUCUGUUGAAGGGCACUGUCUUGUUCGCUUUACUCCGGGGUCGUGUGGUUAAGAACCAAUUAUGGGAGGGCACGAUGCAGGAAGCCAUCAGUUUACUGGGAUUGCAAGGCACUUCAAUUCAUACACUUAUAUUGGAAGGAGGAAUUGUGUGUUGGCAACAUAUGCUACACUUUUAGGAAUUGGCCUCUUUUUCAAACUGAAGCCCAAGAAGAAGGCAAUUGCAGAAAAGUAGUAUGAAGGUACCUGUGUGAUCAGUUCUAGUCAUUGAGAAAGCAGCUGGCCGUGCUUGUAACAAACUCUCACUGUAUGGUUUUGUUGUUAAUAAAGAACAUUUAUGCCAAAACAUAGAAAA